AUGUUUGACUAUCUGGAAUUUCAAGCUUUCGGACCGGGAGAAGUCAUGGACUUGUACGCGACCACGUCCAGCCCGGCGUGCAUGCUGCAGGACCAGGACCAGAACCAGGACCAGUACCAGGACCAGUACCAGGACCAGGACCAGGACCUGGACCUGGCAGCCUUCUUCCCGGAGCUGGUCGAGGCGGACUGGCAGCCGCGCCGCUGCUCGCAGUCCGUUGAAAGCCAGAGCUCCAGCUCCGGCUCGGACGACCUGUUCGCCGGCCCCGCCUCCCCGCCGCCGCCGCCCCGCACCUACAAGCCCUGCUUCGUGUGCCAGGACAAGUCCUCGGGCUACCACUACGGCGUCAGCGCCUGCGAGGGCUGCAAGGGCUUCUUCCGCCGCAGCGUGCAGAAGAACAUGGCGUACACCUGCCACCGGGACCGAAAAUGCAUCAUCAACAAGAUCACGAGGAACCGCUGCCAGUACUGUCGGCUGCAGCGGUGCUUCGCCGCGGGGAUGUCCAAGGAGUCAGUGAGAAACGACAGAAACAGCCGGAAGGGGAAGAAGGAGGCGGUGAAGAUGACCAUCAUGGAGACGUACGAGCUGACGGCGGAGCUCGGCUUGACGGUGGAGAAGAUCUGCCGGGCGCACAGGGAGACCUUCCCCUCCCUGUGCCAGCUGGGCAAAUACACCACCAACUCCAGCUCGGACCACCGGAUCCAGCUGGACCUCGGGCUGUGGGACAAGUUCAGCGAGCUCGCCACCAAGUGCAUUAUCAAGGUGGUGGAGUUCGCCAAGCGAGUGCCCGGCUUCACCGGCCUGACCAUCGCCGACCAGAUCACUCUACUCAAAACCGCCUGCCUGGACAUCCUGAUCCUGAGGAUUUGCACUCGCUACACCCCCGACAAGGACACCAUGACCUUCUCCGACGGGCUGACCCUGACCCGCACCCAGAUCCACAACGCCGGGUUCGGCCCGCUGACGGAUCAGGUCUUCACCUUCGCCGGCCAGCUGCUGCCGCUGCAGAUGGACGACACGGAGAGCGGCCUCCUUAGCGCCAUCUGCCUCGUCUCCGGAGACCGCCAGGACCUGGAGGAGCCGUCGAAGGUGGAGGUGCUGCAGGAGCCGCUGCUGGAGGCGCUGAAGAUCUACUCCCGCAAGCGGCGGCCGAGCAUGCCCCUCAUGUUCCCCAAGGCCCUCAUGAAAAUCACUGACCUGCGCAGCAUCAGCGCCAAAGGAGCGGAGAGGGUGGUGACGCUGAAGAUGGAGAUCCCGGGCUCCAUGCCCCCUCUGAUCGAAGAGAUGCUGGAGGACCUGCAGAGCCUGGAGAAACACUCUGAGGAGGCCGACACCAGCCAGCACACACACACGCACACACACACACACACACACUAGCAUCACCCCCCAUGCACGGCACAUGAACUCCUCUGACUCGUCCUCCGCAGAACAUUGUCUCCCGUCUUCCCUCCCAGUCUGACCUGAAGGUCACACUGAGGGUCGCUGGCGUCUUACCUCUCACAGAUCGCUUGAAGAAGAGCUCAUGCAGUAAAGUUUUUAAAAGUGUAUCACAGUUUCCUUUUUAACCCCUCGUUAACCACAGGGGAUCACACACUGCUGUAUUCAUACUCGCAUGGAUUGCCUUUUACCUCAUUUCAUAAUAAACAACGUUAGCUUUAGAGUAGUUAUUAAACAUAUUGGACUUAAAAUGUACGCUGGUUUUAAAAAGAAUCUGAAGAGGGGGGAAAUAAUGAGGUUUUUUAUGUGCACAAAAGGGAAAUGUAGAAGCUCUCAAAUGUAAUGUGACUGAGUUCAUACGGGAAGAAUAGAAAAGUGCGUACGGGAAAAACUGCAAGUGAGUUAGUAAGUAAUGUGGUCGUCACACUGUGGUUUAUCUCUAUGAAAUGUGAUGGGGCAAAUCAAAGACAUUAUUGAUAUUCUAUUUAAUCUCACAAUGCGGUCGACUGUAGGGGGCGCAAUAUUUUUUGUUCAUUUAAAUUAAGUGAAAUGUGUAAAAAAUACAAUUUCUAAAUGAAAUAUUGUCCUUGUCUUUGGUAUAAAUCCCUGAAUCUCUCCACAAUCAUUUUGAAUUGUUUCAAGGAGAAUGAUGAUGUAAAGAAAUUAUCAUUCCUUCUAAUAUAUGAAAUAAUAUUAGUAAAAAAUAAUGCGAAUUCGAGAUUUUCAAAACGGGUCAGCCCUAAAAUGUGAUGCAUUGCAUUGUGGGGGAUUGUUCACAGGAAGUUAUAUUUUUUGUCUUUUUAUGUUUUUCCGAGAGCACCAUUAUAAGACUCAAAUUAAGAAAAUGUUGCAUCGUAAACGUGGAGCUUUUUAUCGUAAACAGGGAGUGAUUCCCUGUGAAAAGUUUUUCACAUUUUCCGCCUUGUUUCAAGUCUUAAUGCUAAGCUAAGCUAACGGGCAGCUGUAUAUCGGUGGCGUGAGGAACGCCAACACGCACAACUACGCCUUUUCAAAAGCGUGUCGUUCGGUUGGAGCAGUUGUUUUACAAUGUUCUGCCUGAUUUUUAUCUUUUUUGAAAUUGCAGUAUCAAAUAUAGUUACAGUGAAAGUAAGCUAACACACAACUUUAUUCUCUCAUAUAUUCUAUAACGCAAAGUUUUAAUCCCAGAUGGCGUUCAUGCAGUUAUUGGGUCGACCCGAAAUGUUCAAGUUUCAGUAUUAACGAAAAGUUCCUUUAUUUUUUAUUUUAUUUUAUGCUUUAACAAAAUAAGACAGUUUUAGACAGCAUUAUUUGAUAUUCUCUUCUCACAGAUAGCGUCUUAUAAAUGUUUUGCCUAAGUGAAAUACUGUUUACCUUAGAAAUGAGUGAAAUACUGUUUACCGUAGAAGUAACACUAAUUAAAAAGAAAGAAAACGUGCAUUAGGAUUAUGGGGAACGUGGCAUAAUGUUGCAACACGUACAUCGGCAUCGGCUCGCUGCUGGAAAAGAAAAUUAUAAUUUAAAAAAAUUGACUUAAAUGACAUUUGUGCCUCAAUAAAUGUACAUCCCAUGAAGAAAAGGAUGUUGUUUAGGUAAAACAUCUCCUGUGAGUAACAAAGCAUCCUGUGUACUUUAACUCCACAUGUGCGACGUCUUCCAUAUUUUGCCAAUU